AUGCCUCGCCAACAGGAUAGCCGUGAUACCUACUCCGUUGGCGUGAGCUUCCCCGAGAUCCUUCCCGGCGUACAGGCUCCAUCUCAUCAGUUAGAAAGGCUGUCAAGGCGUCAACAAAGCGAACAGCACGGUCCUCACGACCCUCUAAUGGGAACACAAAAAAACGAAUAUAAUGUCAAUUCCAGCUUUGUGGCUCCAGACAACCGGUUACUGUUAUCACCGUCAUCGUCGAGUUCCCAAUAUAGCAUACCCAGCUCUUCGAUUUUCAGUUCCGUCUAUCCUGAUCAUUCUUCUCAGUCAACAUAUCCUCGUUCGCCUGAAGAGUUCUAUCAACCUGUUUACUCUGGAACAGAGAGAGGAGGCAUGAGCAUGAACACUUCUUUUAGCGAACGGAGACUAUCCAUAGCUCGUCAAGAAGAGCCGUUCUCUAGUACAAGACAUACUGGCCGAAGACGCAGCGGCAUACCUAUGGGGUUUGACCGUCUUCUGAAUCCUUCAGAGCAGACAUCACAUCCCGCAGAGCGAGCAUUUGUCAAUGACUCUCCUCCUCCAAGGCUACGACUACACAUCCGUCAACAGCCCAUCGCAACUAGAGCAUGCUCAGCAGGCGAAAAGGACCGUCGUACAAUCGAUCCACCGCCAAUCUUGCAAUUGCUCGUAACCGAUUUCAGGCCAGACUCAAGGACUGACUUGGCAAUAUUACAGAAUUCACGGUUUGCAGUAGCUUGUCUAUUGUAUUCUGUGGGAAAGCCAGGACCAGAUGGGGAAGAAGUGCUUGUCCACAGCUCCCAAGUGGUAGAAGCUACCAGAAGACGCCAGCGUGAUGAUGGUAGAUCUCACAAUACUUUUCGAGUCGACUCGAGGACUACUCAACGUAUCAACGAACAGUUAGACCAGUCGGAUCAACGUCCUGUACAGAUAUUAUCCGGGAGAACGUAUGUAUCUCCUUUCCACACGCCAUACGAUCCUGAUCCAGAAACUGCACCGUGUCACCAUUACCAGCAGCAACAUCACAACACGAAACCAACUCCAGCAACAUUUUUUGUGUUUGCCGAUCUCUCCGUCCGUACAGCAGGCACCUAUCGCCUGAAAUUCCGUCUAAUGGACUGGGGUCUAGCACAGGAAACCGGCAAACCGCAGCCCAUUCUGGCAGAAAUCUUUUCCGAUCCGUUUAAAGUAUACUCGUCCAAGGAUUUCCCAGGUAUGAGAGCAUCGUCUGCUCUGACUUGGAGUUUGAGGAAUAUGGGGAUGUCGGAGUUGAAGCCAAGGGAUGGGAAGGGGAAGGGUGUUGCGAAGAAGGAGAAGAGGAGGGAGGAGGAUGAUUGA